GCUUGUAAACUAGGUUAACUGGACCUGAUAUCCUCCCGCCUGUUGCUGCAAUGCGGCCCAGCCCACAAAACACUAUCCCAUUCUCUCCCCUCAGAUCUAUCAGGCACCCGCGCCGCUACGUCUCCGGCGGCGCCCGGCGAUCCCCAUCGUCCCCGGCGCGGCAUGGACCACCCCAAGAGGAGCGCGGCGGCGGCGCCCUCCCUGCCCGACGACGCCCUCGUGGAGAUCCUCUCCCGCGUCCCCGCCAAAUCCCUCUGCCGUUUCAAGUGCGUCUCCAGGGCCUGGCGCGACCUCAUCGCCGACCGCCUCCGCUGCAACAGGCUCCCCCAAACCCUCGAGGGCUUCUUCUACGUCUUCGACGGCGACGAUGAGACGCAGGGCGGCAGCAGCGAUGCCGGCGGCGUGAGCCCGGAUCGCGCCGUCCACGGGCGCUUCAUCAACACGCUGGGUAAACCCUCGCCCCUCGCGUCUUUCUCCUUCCUGGGGAAGGUGCCGGGGAUCGAGGAAUUCGGUCUCCUGCGCUCCUGCAACGGCCUCCUCCUCUUUGGCCACAGAAGGGCUGGAGAUUCCUAUGAUUCACUGGGCUACAUCGUCUGCAACCCCGCCACCGAGCAAUGGGUGGCCGUGCCCAGCUCCGGCUGGGGACCUGAUUACAAUGACGAGAGUGAGGACUCUGACUCCGACACUGAAACUAGCUGUACUUUCACCUAUUUGGUUUUCGAUCCUGCCGCGUCCUCGCACUUUCAGCUGGUACAGUUCUGGGUCGACGAUACUUCGCGCGUGGAAGCGGUGCACACCUACUCCUCUGAAACUGGGGUAUGGUGUGAGAGGCUAAGCACGUGGGGUGAUGAUUUCGUAGCAUUCUUUGCAGGAAGCGCCUUUGUUGGUGGCAUGCUGCAUUUCAGUAACACCAGCUAUUUCGGAUGGGAAAUAGAUCAGGAGCUAAUAGUUGCAGUUGAUGGGGAAGGUGGGAUUUGUAGGGUCAUCAGUGGGCCGCAGAAACUUUGUGAUGUUGCUUUUGUUGGUCAAUCCCAAGGGCGCCUGCAUUACAUGAAUCAACAUGGAGACAGCACAGGCGACAUGACUGGGCUGUCCAUUUGGGUUCUUCAGGACUAUGACACAGAAGAAUGGGUUCUGAAACACAGUGUGACCUUUAUGCAGCUGUUUAGAAGAAUGAGUUGCCGAGUUCAGUAUGACUAUAGUGUGAUUGCCAUUCACCCAGAUCGCAAUCUGAUCUUUUUCUUUCAGCACUGGAACCUGGAACUGAAAUCAUAUGACAUGGAUAGCGAGGAAGUGUGCACCCUCCACACUCUAGGGGUUUGCCCCCAUAAUAUUUUACCAUAUGUUCCCUAUUUCGCAGAGUCAUCGGCCCUUGCUGGUAAGCACUGAAAUUGUGGCUUGUGAGGUACUAGACAAAUUUGACGUUCCAAGUGUGGAUCACAGGAGCAGCUAGCAACAUAAACAUAUCUGUAGAAUUAGGUAUCUGAUGGUACUUCAAUGUAUUCCUUCUUGUGCAUUUUGUCCACUUGCGGCAUGCGUGUAAAUUAGCACUACAUAUGUAUGCAAUUGCCUAAGUCGCGCAAUGUAUGAUGUUUCAACUUCAAUCAAGUUAAAGUUCAAAUCCCGCACUUUGUGUUUCUAGAAUCA